GGGACAGCAGAGGGACAGAGAGCACCUGAGGAUACGCAGCUGGCACUGCACUGCCUUUUCACCCCCAGGUGAUGAGUGAGGUCGGAAGGAGAUUUACAGAACAACCAGGGCCUCCGUAUUGAAUGAAAGACCCAGUGCGAAGACAUCACCAUGAACACGAGCAUUCCUUAUCAGCAGAAUCCUUACAAUCCCCGGGGCAGCUCCAAUGUCAUCCAGUGCUACCGAUGCGGAGACACCUGCAAAGGGGAAGUGGUUCGUGUUCACAAUAACCACUUCCACAUCAGAUGCUUCACCUGUCAAGUGUGUGGCUGUGGCCUGGCACAGGCAGGCUUCUUCUUCAAGAACCAGGAGUACAUCUGCACCCACGACUACCAGCAACUCUACGGCACCCGCUGUGACAGCUGCCGGGACUUCAUCACAGGCGAGGUCAUCUCCGCCCUGGGCCGCACUUACCACCCCAAUUGCUUCGUGUGCAGCUUGUGCAGGAAGCCUUUCCCUAUUGGAGACAAGGUGACCUUCAGUGGUAAAGAAUGUGUUUGCCAGACUUGCUCUCAGUCCAUGACCAGCAGUAAGCCCAUCAAGAUCCGCGGACCAAGCCACUGUGCUGGGUGCAAGGAGGAGAUCAAGCACGGCCAGUCACUCCUGGCACUGGACAAGCAGUGGCAUGUCAGCUGCUUCAAAUGUCAAACCUGCAGCAUCAUCCUCACCGGGGAGUACAUCAGCAAGGAUGGCGUUCCAUACUGCGAGUCCGACUACCACUCCCAGUUCGGCAUUAAAUGUGAGACUUGUGACCGAUACAUCAGCGGCAGGGUCUUGGAGGCAGGAGGGAAGCACUACCACCCAACCUGUGCCAGAUGUGUACGCUGCCACCAGAUGUUCACCGAAGGGGAGGAGAUGUACCUCACAGGUUCUGAGGUUUGGCACCCCAUCUGCAAACAGGCAGCCCGGGCAGAGAAGAAGUUAAAGCAUAGGCGAACGUCUGAAACGUCCAUCUCCCCCCCUGGAUCCAGCAUUGGGUCACCCAACCGAGUCAUCUGCGCUAAAGUGGAUAAUGAGAUCCUUAAUUACAAAGACCUGGCAGCUCUCCCCAAGGUUAAGUCCAUCUACGAGGUGCAGCGCCCCGACCUCAUUUCCUACGAGCCUCAUUCCAGAUACACGUCUGAUGAAAUGCUGGAGAGAUGUGGCUAUGGAGAGUCGCUGGGAACAUUAUCUCCCUACUCGCAGGACAUCUACGAGAACCUGGACCUCCGGCAGAGACGGGCCUCCAGCCCGGGGUACAUCGACUCCCCCACCUACAGUCGGCAGAGCAUGUCCCCCACCUUCCCCCGCUCUCCUCACCACUACUACCGCUCUGCUGGAGAAAGUAACAUCUACCGGAAACCCCCGAUCUACAAACGGCAUGGUGAUUUGUCUACAGCAACUAAGAGCAAAACCAGUGAAGACAUCAGUCAGGCCUCCAAGUACAGUCCAGUCUACUCGCCAGAUCCCUACUAUGCUGCAGAGUCUGAGUACUGGCCCUACCAUGGGUCCCCCAAAGUGCCCCGAGCCAGAAGGUUCUCAUCAGGAGGAGAGGAGGAUGAUUUUGACCGCAGCAUGCACAAGCUCCAGAGUGGCAUUGGAAGGCUGAUUCUGAAGGAGGAGAUGAAGGCCCGGUCUAGCUCCUAUGCGGAUCCCUGGACCCCUCCCCGGAGCUCCACCAGCAGCCGGGAGGCCCUGCACACAGCUGGUUAUGAGAUGUCCCUCAAUGGCUCCCCUCGUUCGCACUACCUGGCUGAUAGUGAUCCCCUCAUCUCCAAAUCUGCCUCCCUGCCUGCCUACAGAAGAAACGGGCUGCACAGGACGCCCAGCGCAGACCUCUUCCACUACGACAGCAUGAACGCAGUCAACUGGGGCAUGCGAGAGUACAAGAUCUACCCUUAUGAACUGCUGCUGGUGACUACAAGAGGAAGAAACCGACUGCCCAAGGAUGUGGACCGGACCCGUUUAGAGCGCCACCUGUCCCAGGAAGAGUUCUACCAAGUCUUCGGCAUGACCAUCUCUGAGUUUGACCGGCUGGCCCUAUGGAAGAGGAAUGAACUGAAGAAGCAAGCCCGGCUGUUCUAGGCAGACGCUCUAUAAAUAUAUAUAUGCAUUUAUAUAAAGCUAUAUGUAGAAUCUCUAUACUGAAGCUCGGUAUAAUCCUCUCUUGUGUAAUGGGACAUGCUGCCUGCCAUGAGACUUGCUUUUCUGUACUGUCAGGCAAGCCCACAUCAUCAAGGUAUUUUUAUGCUCCUUACUUUCUCUUUUCUAAGUGCUGUGGGAUCUGGGAAGGGAUUUGUGAAGACUCUGUCCUUUUACUGGGGAUCCUUUUUAUACUGAAACAUCUGUCCUGACUUGAGUCCCCCAAGAUCCAACUCUCUUUUUUAAAAAGAAGGUGCCUGAAGAAGUCUCUCUCCUCUCGGCUUCUUGGCCCUGUUCCCACAGCUCCAGGGCUGAUGCUGACCAUGCAGUGUUCACAGCUUAUUGGCCCCAGAGGGGCCCUCCCAUGGGAGGAUCCAAGGUGAUCUCCCAAAGUCACUGAGCACCUUUGAGAGCUCAUGAGAGCUCAGUACUCUCGGGGGGUGGUGCAGUUAGAAGUGUGAGCCUCAGAUCUCCUCGUUACAGCAGUAAACAGAAGUGGGCAGGGCCUUGGCCUCUGCUUAGCUCUUCAACCCUCCUUCUGCCCUUGGUCCUAACAUCGCCCUUGUCCAAAUCUAAGACUCAUGGCAGGAAAAGAAAAAAGGCACUUCCUUCCCUCCAUCACUUCCAGCCCCUUUGCCUGGCCUUAGAGAACCAGAAGAAAGGAGAGGGAGCUGGAGCAAAAGAUAGAGUGGGGCACCUGUUAGAAUCAGAGCUGCAGGACCUCCUGGGACCCUCUUCUUUCCCUCACUUCUCCCAGCAACUCCUGACCUUUCCCCUUUCAAGGAGAGGCCCAUUAUUGCAGCCUGUAUUCUUCAGCCUUAUUACAAUCUAUGUGCCUGACAACACAACACUCCACAGAGCUAAUGUUCCCACCACAGUUCCAAAUGAACAACUCGAGAGACAACUCCCACCACCUCUCUAGAGGUAAAAUAGGACAUGUCCCAUAGAAUGGCUCUUGGUCUAAGCCUCUGGUCCCUGGGCUGGCAGGGCCAUCGUGCUGGACCCCACCAGUCCUCAGCUCCUGCUGCAAAGUGGCCAUGUUUCAUGGGGGAAACUUUUGGAAGAGUGGCUGCUUAUAAGAUUCCAAAAUCAAGCGUUGGCUGACACUGCUCGUGGUCAUCCUGGAUUCCCCCGAUGGCUGCACUUCCUGCCUCCUUGCCUUCUGGAGCAAGGGUGAAAGCUUAACCCUCUCUCCUCCCCUCUCUAAACCUUCAGCCCUGAGAGGGUGAUGUUUGGUGGGGGCUGUUCUUUCUUGGAGAUUCCUUGAAUCAGACCAUUUUGAGGUCACGAAAGAAGGAUGAAGAAUUGGAAAUGAUGACAAUAAUGACUCUCAAGAGGCUGGUGAUGUAACGUGGCUAAUGUAGAACUGACUUCAAUUCAACAAACCCUCACUGAGCACCUGCUGAUGCUGAGCACCUGCUGAAUACUGAGCACUGAUUGGGGGAGGGGGAGGGGAA